AUGGACACCACACAGAAGUUGCCUUCUUCUGGCACUGCUGGUUUUGUGGCGGAGGUGGAAUCUUGGCUUGGGGGAUCGCACAAAGCUCACAUCAAAGCAGGACCCAAUCCCGGAAUUUAUCCUCCGCCUCCUGAACCUCCGAUAGCAAACUGGCCGACUAUCACUAUUGGACCCGAUGCGGUGCCUACACCUGAGCCGGAAGCGUCAGCAUCCCAGCCGUCAUCUACUGCCACAUCCUGUAUCUCUACCUCGACUGUGACCAAUACCUGGGCUUCAUGUACAUCCGUUACCAGUGGAACCAGCUCAGGAACUCCUGUUCUCACCGAAAGUUGCAAGACAAGCACAUUAGUAGAGACUGGCUGCAGUCUCACCUCCACAGAUACUACCACGACGGCCAGCCCAGAGUGUACUACCAAGACAGUGACCAAUAGCUGGGUAUCAUGUACACCAGUUACCUCAGGCACGCGUUCGGGAACUCCCGUGUUGAGCAAUAGCUGCACUACAAGUACAUCGCUAGUGACGGGUUGCAGUGCCACACCCUCUUCGACAUCAACUUCGGCAACUUCAACGCCCUUCUCCUGCACAAUUGCUGUGAAAGCCAGCCCAUUCGCUACGCUGACGGACCCCAUUCCUGAUGUUGCAGACACUUCCUUUUCUGCCGGAGCUUCAUCGACUGAUUCUCGUCCUGGAUCGAGUAGCUCUAGUGUGCAAGCAACGAGCACAUCCCAUACUAGCUUCAUUAGAACAACUACAAAGUCAAGCAGCUCUGGAACAAGCUCAGCCUCGUCAAGUUCAACUUCUGCAAUUGAGAGCAGCUCAUCAACGAUCUCACGCACUACAAACACAUCGUCCUCGGCCACCUCAGCAUCAGCAACAGCAACAAAAUCUUGCACUGGAGGAAACGGGCAAACCUAUCCUGUUUCCCUUCUGAACACGGAUGGCUCCACAUCCGGAAACCUCGACAAGUUCUGCAUCAAAGCCGCUGGUCAGACAGACUGGCCCUACAAGCAGACCUUUGAUGGUGAAUAUGCCGGAGACACCAAAGUAGUAAUGGAAGUUUCAACACAGAAGGGAUGCAAAGCCCCAUAUGAUGGAGAAAUCUCAGCCGACUACUGCAAGGAAUACAUGAAUCUGCUGGCCAACGACUGCGACACCGACAGUGGCAACAAGCAUGGCGGGACCGUCUCCACAGAUGAAUGUUACAUCUUCAGUCUGAGUGUGACAUCCGAAUCCAAACUCAGCUGCAAAGGUGGCGAUGGAUGGACAUUCCCAGUCGACAUGUUGAAUGAGAGCGACAAGAUGGGCAGCGGAAUGAUUGACAAUUUCUGCACUAAUAUCGUACUGAACACCAAAGACGGAUUUCAUGAAGACUAUACAGGCUUGGGAGAGACUGACAAUGAAUGCACCAUAACUCUCAACUUGGAUGGCUGCGAGGGGGAGCCGAAAAUGUCGAAGGAAGAAUGCGUUCAUUAUGUUGGCCAGAUUGCCAAUGACUGUGAUAGAGACAGUGGUGAUAAGCAUGGUGGUAUAUUCGAUGUUGGAAACUGCCUGUCCUUCAACAUGACCAUGUAUGAUCCAUAUGUCGUGUUCGCGAGUUAG